UCAGCCUUCCCCAUUUCAUCCCUUCUCGACGAAUUGGAGCUGCAGUAGAAGACCAAGCCGCGCGGGGUCCCGGCCGAAAUCCACGCGAAACUCUCGCGAGAGCCUCCCGACAGCCGCGAGCCUUCGUGGGAGUCAGUUCCCGUCUCCUUUCUCAGGGCUCCCAAGGGCUGUCUGCUCCCCGUCGGCUUCCUCCGCUACCGCGGGGCGGGCCGGAACUUUUAUGCAUAGGAACUGAUUUACACAGUAGAGUGUUGCCGGCCGGCGUCAAGGAGAAUAGGGUGCCCUCCUCUUCCUCUCACCGUCGCCGCCGCGGAGCGGAGCCGUGCAGAUCAGAUCGAGGAGCGCGGUUACCGGGAGGGCUGGGUCUAUGGUCGCUCCGCGGGCCGCUCCGCCGGCUGGUGCUUUUUUAUCAGGGCAAGCUGUGUUCCAUGGCAGGGAACUUUUGGCAGAGCUCCCACUAUUUGCAGUGGAUUUUGGAUAAACAAGAUCUGUUGAAGGAACGCCAGAAGGACUUAAAGUUUCUCUCAGAAGAAGAGUAUUGGAAAUUACAGAUAUUUUUUACAAAUGUUAUCCAAGCAUUAGGUGAACAUCUUAAAUUAAGACAACAAGUUAUUGCCACUGCUACGGUCUAUUUCAAGAGAUUCUAUGCCAGGUAUUCUCUGAAGAGUAUAGAUCCUGUAUUAAUGGCUCCUACAUGUGUGUUUUUGGCAUCCAAAGUAGAGGAAUUUGGAGUAGUCUCAAAUACAAGAUUGAUUUCUGCUGCUACUUCUGUAUUGAAAACUAGAUUUUCAUAUGCCUUUCCAAAGGAAUUUCCUUAUAGGAUGAACCAUAUAUUAGAAUGUGAAUUCUAUCUUUUAGAAUUAAUGGAUUGUUGCUUGAUAGUGUAUCAUCCUUAUAGACCUUUGCUCCAGUAUGUGCAGGACAUGGGCCAAGAAGACAUGUUGCUUCCCCUUGCAUGGAGGAUAGUGAAUGAUACCUACAGAACGGAUCUUUGCCUACUGUAUCCUCCUUUCAUGAUAGCUUUAGCUUGCCUGCAUGUAGCCUGUGUUGUACAGCAGAAAGAUGCCAGACAGUGGUUUGCUGAGCUUUCUGUGGAUAUGGAGAAGAUUUUGGAAAUAAUCAGGGUUAUUUUAAAACUGUAUGAGCAGUGGAAGAAUUUUGACGAGAGAAAAGAGAUGGCAACUAUUCUUAGUAAGAUGCCGAAACCAAAACCUCCUCCAAACAGUGAAGGAGAGCAGGGUCCAAAUGGAAGUCAGAACUCUAGCUACAGCCAAUCUUAAAACAUUCCGAAGAAUUCUGUAGUGGACCAGUUGGAAAUAAAACCAUUGGACAGAUUUCAGUAAUGUCUUCAAUGGAACACAAAUGAAAAUGAAUAGCUUGUUUCUGUCAAGCAUGUUGGGAAGUGAUUUUAUUUUUGCAAAAUAAGUUUUUCCUUACCGAAUUUGAUUCUAGUACAUGGUUGAUUAAAAUCUAUUGUUUAUGAAAGUUUGGAAAGGUUCUAAGGGGACCUACAGACAGACAUACAUAGACAUUUGAAAGUUAAUAGCUUUUGAUUACUAUAAUUUUUCUUAAUUUGGAUAAUAGAAAUUGUUGCUUUUUAUUAAGCCAAGAAAGAUGAAGCAUAAUUUGUUUAAAAUUCUCUUUGGUCAUUGAGCGACCAAAAAAGGAAAUAAAAAGUCAAAUAUAUGAGGGUUUUUUUUUCCCUCCUUAAGUUAAACUUAAAACUGUAUUUAAGGAAUCAAAUCUUACAAAAUCCUGGAAGGUUUUGAUAAUGAUGAUGAUAAUUUCAGGGAAAUUAAUCAAGUACCUAUUGAUUUUAAAGCAUAUUUUAUUCAGUAGUUUUGGUAUCUUGCCAUGGAGGAUACUAGCCCAGCCUAGCAGAAAAGUGCAAUAUGUAUAGCAUAUUUUGACAUUUUAAAAGUUAUAUUCCAUAACCAUUUUGAAAUGCUGGGCAAACAUUUUAAAAAAUCCUAUACAAAGUUAUUUGCAUUUAAUUCAGUUAAUCAGGCAUUUUGAAAGCUAAUUGGAUAAAACACCAUAAUAUUAUUGAAAUUUGGUAACAUUUUAAUGUUAUUUUUACUCUACUGUGAAAAGUUUUUUAUAUGACAUACACACCCUAGUUUAUUUUUGUGUCUUAGUGUGGACUUACAAAUUUACUACAGGUAUCCUGAGCCAGGACCACAAUCAGGUUGCAGGCCAGUUUGAUACUGGCUAUUCUUAAUUCUCAUAUGAGUAUAGGACUUCAGACUAAAUGUUAUGUCAGUGAGACUGUGCUGUCUGUGGAAGUUAAUAAAUUACGUGAUCAUUUUCUUCAGACUUGAAGGAGAGUGAUAAAUAAGAUUUGGAAUCAUAGGAUAUUGAUGUACAAUUUAAGGAUUAAAAUUUUUUAUAAAUCAAUUGUGAACAAUGGAUUAUUAAAUGUUGACUUCCUAGUAUAAAACUGCAAGAAUAAAAGUAAAUUCUCCAGCUA